AUGAAAGAUUACAAUCUUUACACUGCUUUGGUACAAUUCUUGGAUAAAGUUGAUGAGAACAAAGAUAUUUACGAGCAGAGUAAGCUUCUGAACCUUUAUUUUUCAAAUUUUUUCACUUAUUAUAGGCUACAUCAAUAUCACAGAGUAUAACAGCUGUUUUUUGUCUUUAAUAAUAAUAAAAAACUACUCUAUAGGACUCCUUUGGAUAGUAGCAAUAAAGAAAAACUAAUAUUUUAAUUUUCAGGUUGCUAUUUCAAGUGCUACGAGUCCUUGAACCAUGUUUGUCACGAAGGACUAUGUUAUGAACCCUUAAAUUUAGGUAACCUCAAGUAGACAUGAGAAACGGGCCGGGCCGGGCCCAAUUUUCAAGCCCGGCCCGCGGGCCGGGCCUAACUUUUAGGCCCGGCCCGUUUUUUAUUUUGGUCAGGCCCGGCCCGGCCCGAUCAGAAAAUUACUAGGCCCGGCCCGUUUUAAAAAAUUAAAAAAAUUUUAAAACUUAAAAACUAAACGGAAAAUUGGCUUUAAAUUGUUUUUUUAGAUCAUUUAUGGAUCAUAGAACCCAAUAAAAUCUAAAAACAUAAACGGGGAUUGAAAUAAAAAAUUUUAAAAAAUUUAGAAAUUUUUUUUCCAGGUCCGGCCCGACUUUCCAAGGCCCGGCCCGCGGGCCGGGCCUAAAUUUUUGGGCCCGGCCCGAUCUAAAUUUUGCUCAAGGCCGGCCCGUUUCUCAUGUCUAACCUCAAGUUUCUAAAAAAUUAAAAAAAAAUUUUUUCAAAAAUAUGAAAAUUCAUCUAAUUCGGACUCAAAAAUUUUAAAUUUGCCACAUUUUCAGCCUGCACAGACAAAGAAUCCUGCCCAGGACAGUCAGUCUGCUUGAACCACGACUUUGUUGUCCGCUCCUGUUUCCUUCUCGUACCUAUCGAAAACGAACUCAAAGUCAAUGUGUAUGAUCAAAAAUUGUACUAG